AACCGUGCCUGACUUAACGCUACAGUUGUUGCUGAUCAUUUAUAUUGAUUUGAAUUAUUUAUUUGAUAAACGUUGCUUCAGGUUGAUGUACAGUUUACCUUGUAUAAAUUUCAGUUAUUUUUUUCGCGUCGUUGUCUUAAUUAAUCAAUCUGUAUCUCGUGUUUACAGACCACAGUAGGGUGAAUGUCUAACAUCUGGGACAUUGUCGUAAGUUCGACGUGCGCAUGCGCAGUGUGUAUCCUCAUUGCCGAAAUUCUACGAGUAAUAGUUAAUUAUUCAAUCGAAAAAUGGCGUAAAGAUCCUAGAAGUCCAGCCUUUUUGGCGGAUCUAUCAGAAAUUGUUGACUCUUCCAUCUCCGCAUUCACCUACGUAGCCAGCACGUUUGAGAAAGGACUGCUUCUCACUGUUGGCUUAAGAAGUGGCUUCUUCCUCGUCUCGUUUAUCCUUGGCGUUGUGUUUUGUUACACUUCUUCAAACUCGGAUCCCACGCCGAUCUACCCUUUGGUCAAGUACUGGCAAACAAUACGACUAGGUAUCCAUGGAACCAACCAUCAUCCUUCCACGUCAUACGGGGGCUUUGUGACGUCAGCAAUAAGAUCCACCGUGACGUAUUUUAAGCUCGGUUGGCGUUCGCUGCUCGGGCAGGCGGUGGGGCUCUUUGUCGCUAUUUCAUGGUCAAAAUACUUCUGGGGUGGUUGGUUGACGUCACAUCACGUCAAUCAGUUGGCAACACUCGACGAAUGCAGUGACUGCCAAAACACGGCGAUUAUUUUGGCUUUUCUUAUUGAAACUGGUAUCACGUACAUUUUCUUUGUUGCGUUUGGAUUUAUCGACGAGAUGUUUGGUCCGCGAGGUGGCGAUAGCAAUCUGUUACGUUCCGACCUGAUGUGCAAUGUGUUGAAGAACUUAGUGGCACUUCUUUCCAUGCAUUUUUUUUUGGACGUGACCGGCUCUUUCGCGAACCCGUACCUUGCAUACGCCAUACAACGACAUUGUAUUGUUGACGUCACCAGAGCAGCCAUUUUUACGUUUGUUUACGUCGUCGGGCCAUUUCUUGGUACACUUGUUUAUUUGUCACGACCUAUUACUUGGAAAACUCCCAAAACAAAACGGUCGGUAUAACAAGUAUAUAGAACACGCUUUUAACUCGGAUUUUUAGUAUUUUAUCUCCUAAUUACCAAAAUGGCACACCCAACGAUCUCAGGGUACGAUUCCUGGAUAAAUUGCUUACCUAUAAUUAGAAUUACGUUGCGAAAGGUGGUGUUUUACCUGUUACAUUCGGUCCGAUCAAACACACUGUCACUAUUAAGCAACAAGCCUAUCUCGUAUACAAAAGAGAUAUAGUCGUUUUUAAAUUGUUGCAAUAAGUGUUCCGCGCAAUAUUUCUUUUAGUUUUACUUGCAAUUCCUCUUGUCCUAAUUUAGCCAGCUUAUAGUUUCAUAUAUUUCAAGUGCCUGUGCCUUCGUUUAUACAGAUUAUUUAUACGUCGUUAUAGCAAUUAUUGUGUUUCUUUUAACAACUUGGUACAAAAUAAAAGAAGGUUUUCAAACCACA